AUGCCUGACACGAUCCUCGAUGACAUCUCGCACCGCCGAUACAAUCCUCUCCGGGGCAGUUGGAUCCUAGUCUCUCCCCAUCGCACCAAGAGACCAUGGCAAGGCCAGCAGGAGAGUCCUGGAGUCAUCGACCUGCCCGUGUACGACCCCAAAUGCUACCUGUGUCCGGGAAACACGAGGGCGUCCGGGGAUGUCAACCCCCAGUACGAGAACACCUACGUCUUCGUGAACGACUUCAGCGCCGUGAAGGAGUCGCAAGAAGAUUACAAGUCACCAGACGAACCAGGAAGCCUGCCCAGCCUGCUGUUACAGGCCGAGCCCGUCAAGGGCAAAUGCUAUGUCUUGACCUUCAGUGCCGCCCACAAUGUCACGUUGGCAGACAUGACCCCAGCCGAGAUCCUCCCAAUUGUGAAAACGUGGACAGACAUCUAUACGGCGCAUAUAUCCCCCCGGUCGCCCUUGGCGGCACAGGCUAAACCGACUCAUCUGCCGCCGUCGAACCCCCAUGCAGACGUCGGACGACCCAAGGACCAGUACCGGUGGAUGCAAAUAUUCGAGAACAAAGGUGCCGCCAUGGGCUGCUCCAAUCCUCACCCGCACGGGCAGAUCUGGACGACCACGUCUCUGCCCGAAGAGCCGGCAAUUGAGUUGGAGCAGUUGAGGAAAUACAAUCGCCAACAAGGCGGGGGACACAUGCUGGUGGACUAUGCCCGCUUGGAACGAGAGAAGAACGAACGGGUCGUCUUCCAAAACGAGACUUUUCUGGUCAUCUGUCCAUGGUGGGCGACCUGGCCGUUCGAGACCAUGAUCCUACCCGUCAAACACAUCCGCUCUCUCGUCGAUAUGAGCGAGAAAGAACAGAUAGACCUGGCACAGGCUAUCGCAGAGAUCACCCGGCGAUACGACAACCUCUUUGAAACGAGUUUCCCGUACAGUAUGGGCAUCCAUCAAGCGCCACUGGACGGCAACGAUGAGGAGAUUGAGUGCUCCAGUCUUCAUCUGCAUUUCUACCCUCCACUCCUGAGGAGUGCCACAGUCAGGAAAUUCCUCGUCGGGUAUGAAAUGCUGGGAGAGCCCCAGAGAGAUAUUACACCGGAACAAGCUACAGUCAGGCUGCAGAACUGCGGAGGAGAAUUGUACAGGAAGAAGUUGGGUACCAAGGAGGGAGAGGAGGUUCAGAAGCCGCCCGCAGCCGACAAGCCCACCACACAGCCCAGCUCAUGA